GUUUAUGAGUUAGCAUUCCUAAGUGACGUGUAUUAAGUUUGUGUUAUGUCGACAAAAAAAAGGAAGCCGGUUUCUAAAAUUAAUAGCGGUGAAAGCUCCCAAGAGUCUAAUCCGCAGAGCAAAGAAAGAGUGAAACCCGCACCCCCUGUUAUUUCGUACAGAAGAAUAAUAAUAAGAACUGUUCUUAUCGUUGGUUCCCUGAUAUUAAUCAGAUAUUAUACAGAAAAAGAUGGAUUCGAAUCCUUUGCUCCAAACACGCGUCAGUCACGAAAACUAGUAGCUGAUAUUCCUUGUUCGAAAGAUUAUGAUGAUGAUAGAAAAGUAUUUACAGAGUGUGCACCCAAAAAGUGUGGUAGGAUUGUCAUGGAUAAUGUUGUCUCUGAAGAGGAAGCUAAAAAUAUGCUAAAAAUUGCACAGAGAGGUUUACUUCGAGGAGGAUCAUCCGGAGGAGCCUCAAUUUUAGAUUUGCAUUCCGGAGCCUUGUCUCAAGGAGAACAAUUUGUAAACAUAUACAAGUUAAUGGAACGUGAAAAAAUUCUGACGGAAGACGACUUUAAAAUCUAUACCAAUGUGAAGAACAAGAUUAGAAAUGCUAUAGCUCAGCAUUUUGAAAUUCCAGUUUCGUCUCUUUAUCUAACAAAACCUACUUUUUUCUCGAGAAUGAUUGAUCGGCCUGCUAAAACUAUUCAUGACGAGUAUUGGCAUCCUCACGUUGAUAAGAAGACUUAUGGAAGCUUCCAUUAUACGUCUCUUUUAUAUUUAUCAACCUAUGAGAAAAAUUUUAAAGGUGGUCGUUUCGUUUUUAUCGACAAACAAGUUAAUAGAACUGUAGAACCCUUGAUGGGAAGACUUUCUUUCUUUACAUCUGGUGCAGAGAACGUACAUUUUGUGGAAAAAGUAACGGAGGGAACCCGAUAUGCUGUGACAGUUUCAUUCACUUGUGACCCAUCUCAAGCAAUAAGUGAUCCUAAAUUGUAAUUAUUGUUAAGACAAAAUUAGCAUAAAUUUUCCAAAUGUAAUCGUUGUUAAAUAAAAAACUAAAAGGAAACUAAAGAAAAUUGUUAUCGAGAUUCAUUUAUCUCACUUUGAGAAGUUUCGUUCAGUAAUUUGUACAUACGUACAUCCAAAUCGAUUUCCUUACUAAAUAUAGAAAAGAGGUUGACGGCCGCAUCAUCAUUAUCAUUUUUUAGAUCUUCUUGAUAUUUUUCCAUAGUUCCAAGUAAACAAUUGACGUAUGAUAAUUCACCUCUAGUAUAGUUGUCUAAUUCUGUUGCAACUUCUUUCAUAUCAUCCAGAACUUUAUGAGAAUACGCCAUAUUUUUCAUUUCGUGAAUUAAUUCGUUGUUGGUCUUUUGCUUUUCUUUUAUAAGAUGAUCUAUAUUUUCUACUUCACUUUUUAAUCCCUCAUUGAGCUUUUUAGUAGACUCCAAUUCAGCCUUUAAGAGAUCUGUUUUUGAUAAAUUGGACGAUAGAUUUGAUAUUAGAUUUUCAUUCAUAUCCUUAAUUCUUCUAUUUUCUCUAUUAGCCAUCGCAAAAGCUUCUUGUAGCUCAACGAUACUUUGUUUCAGAGUAUUAUCCAUAUUUUUGUCUACUAUUGCAGUAUUAUUUAAAUUAUUUACUUGAAGAAUCGAAAUGUUCUAGAACGUGUAUUUUAUCGAAAAUUCCGC